CUCCCGUUUUCAGAAUGCGCUUUCUGGGCGCAGGGAAGGGCUCCUCCUUCCCUCCUCCUUGGAUCCGAGACCACCCGCCUCCUUUCUCAGUCCGCUCCUGGCGCAACAAGGUGUAUUGCCUCGCCUCCAGCCUAGGAAAGAAGGGCCUGUGUUUGUAUGUUUUUUGGAGAGAGGAAGGGGAGGACAUUUUUUAAAAGGAAGGCAACCUUCCCCCACUUUGGAAAGUCUUGGCUCUUGCCUGGGUGCUUUCCUUCCCUUGCGAUCCGAGCCCUGCUGCUUGGAGCCAGGGCUCAGGCAGCUGUCCUUUCAGCACCACCGGGAAGCGGAGAUUGCCCAGCCAGGCUAGGAUGGGGCAAGGGCUGCCUGCCAUCGCCGGGGCCCCGAAGGAUGGGGACGAGGUGCCGCGCAGCCCGGCCCUCAGGCGCAGGGAGCCCGGCUCAGAAUGAAGGAGGAGGCGGCGGUGGGAGCGCCUGAGGAGCGGAGGAGGAGGAGGAGGAAGAGGAAGAAGAAGAGGAGGAGGAGGAGAAGGCAAGGGGAGCUCGCCUGGGACCCCCUGGCGCCACCGUCAUGUCGGUGCCCUUGCUGAAGAUCGGGGUGGUCCUCAGCACCAUGGCCAUGAUCACCAACUGGAUGUCCCAGACCUUGCCUUCCCUGGUGGGACUCAACACCACCAAGCUCACCGCCGCCUCUGGAGGCACCUUGGACCGCAGCACUGGAGUGUUGCCGACCAACCCAGAGGAAAGCUGGCAGGUGUACAGUUCUGCCCAGGACAGCGAGGGGAGGUGUAUAUGCACAGUGGUGGCGCCUCAACAGACAAUGUGUUCACGUGAUGCCAGGACAAAGCAACUGCGGCAGCUAUUAGAAAAGGUACAAAACAUGUCCCAGUCCAUAGAGGUGUUGGACCGGAGAACCCAACGGGAUCUACAGUACGUCGAGAAAAUGGAAAACCAGAUGAGAGGACUGGAAAAUAAGUUCAAGCAGGUGGAAGAGAGCCACAAACAACAUCUGGCAAGGCAGUUCAAGGCGAUAAAAGCGAAAAUGGAAGAGCUUAGGCCCUUGAUCCCAGUACUGGAGGAGUACAAAGCCGAUGCCAAAUUGGUUUUGCAGUUUAAAGAGGAGGUCCAGAAUCUGACGUCAGUUCUAAACGAACUCCAGGAGGAGAUUGGCGCCUAUGACUACGAAGAGCUACAGAACAGAGUGUCAAAUCUUGAAGAGAGGCUGCGGGCUUGCAUGCAAAAAUUAGCCUGCGGGAAAUUGACAGCAAUAAGUGAUCCAAUCACAGUAAAGACAUCCGGAUCAAGAUUUGGCUCAUGGAUGACGGACCCAUUGGCACCGGAAGGUGAAAACAAGGUCUGGUAUAUGGACAGCUAUCACAACAACCGUUUUGUCCGGGAGUACAAAUCCAUGUCCGAUUUUAUGAACACAGACAACUUCACCUCCCACCGCCUCCCCCACCCCUGGUCCGGAACCGGUCAAGUGGUCUACAAUGGCUCGAUUUAUUUCAACAAAUACCAAAGCCACAUAAUCAUCAAGUUUGACUUGAAAACUGAGACCAUCCUCAAAACCCGCAGCUUGGAUUAUGCUGGCUACAACAACGUCUAUCAUUACGCCUGGGGUGGCCAUUCGGACAUUGACCUCAUGGUGGAUGAGAACGGCUUGUGGGCUGUCUAUGCCACCAACCAAAACGCGGGGAACAUUGUUAUCAGCAAGUUGGACCCCAAUACCUUGCAGAGCAUCCAGACUUGGAACACCAGUUACCCAAAACGCAGCGCCGGGGAAGGCUUCAUCAUCUGUGGCACUUUAUACGUCACCAAUGGUUAUUCUGGAGGAACUAAGGUGACCUAUGCUUUUCAGACCAACACCUCCACUUAUGAAUAUAUAGAUAUCCCCUUCUUAAACAAAUACUCCCACAUUUCUAUGUUGGACUACAACCCGAAAGACAGAGCUCUCUACGCGUGGAACAAUGGUCAUCAAAUACUUUACAACGUCACCCUCUUCCAUGUUGUCAGAUCUGACGAGUUGUAGUCCAUUUUGGGGGGUCUGGAGACAGAACUGAAUGUUGUUUGACGAAGCAAGAAACCUGGCGGACAACAGAAAGGAUUCCCAGAUACAUCACACGAAAUAGAUUUGAAAAUACAGAAACAGAGCAGCUGCCAAAAUAACCGAGUGAGAGUCAGGACUGACAAACCAGCGAGGUGGGCGCUCAUCUCUCCAGCAAAAUUUCCAACUUGCAUUACUGAAAACAGGGGGGGAAAUAAUCCAAUAAAACAGAGCACUCAUUUGCAGCUGGAACUGCACUUGACAGACCACUUUUCGGUUGUUGUUGUGGGUUUUUUUUUUCAGGGGUUGGGAGGGGGGUGUUUUGUUUUUCCUCUCCUUACGUUCCAAUAGCAAAGCUGUAGUUACAAAGUACAACGUUAAGGCAAUGACUGUUGGGAAAUUUAUCAUUGGGAUGGGUAGGGACACACAAUUCUCUCUCACCCACCCCAGCCACUCUUUUUUGGUGUGUUGCAUGGACAUUUCCUACAUCACAGCCAGCGAUGAUGGAUGUGUGGGCUGUAUUGGAUAUACGAAGUUGACGGGCCGUGUCUGGUUUUCCAUAAUAAAAAAAGGGGUUAUGGAUGAAGAUUGUAUUCCAUUGCAGCUAGCUACUAGUCCCUUCCCCGUCUCUUUUCUCUGUGUUUUAUGUCACCUUUAGAUUAAUUGUUCCGAGACCCAAAGUAGCUAAUGGAUCUGUGUCUUUAGUAGCUAUAAAAUACAAAAACGAAAAAAUAAAUGAAAAAAAAGUAUGUAUUAUGGACAAGUCGUUGUACCCAAAUAUUUGUUUAAACAUGUAUCCAGCCAAUAUCUUGUACAUUGUAUGUCUGUUAUUAAUCAGAGGUGGAAAAAACAAAAAAAAACUUUGUAUGUCCAAGUUUAUGCAAUGAAUGUUGUAAAUGGAAAUGAUGUCAUUUGGGUUAAUAAAUGAAGGUUUCAUAUCUUUAAAAACCGA